UGCAAUGAAACGUGGCCAAAUCGAACAGCGGAAGAAUCCAAAACGAUUAUGUAAACGUGCAACUACAAAACCUACUGAAAUGGGUCAGUUAAGCGGCUUUCCAGAGGAAAUUACUCAGCAUAUUUUAUCUGACUUCUGUAUGCCGUUGAGCUCCCUGGCUAGCCUAUGUAUGACCAGCAAGACCAUGUGCGACUAUAUAAGAGACCUCUCCAUCGACAGUCAGCUUGUUAUCCGACCUAUCAAUGGGUGGAUUGCAACUAAAUCCUGUGCCAAGAUCAAGAUUCGCUUUAUUGAGAUUGGCAUGCUCUUGAGAGCUUCAUGUUCGUAUCUGAACACGACAGAGAAAUUGAAAGUUAUUGAAACGUUUUUCUACGAACUUGGAGAAACUGAACCUGAUUACCAGGGAACUUAUCACCGGAUUUGCGAGGACAUCAGUCUUAAAUUUGCUUACGACUGCAUCGGGCUUUUAAUAAACAAAUUCAUCAUAAAUUGGGAUGACGAAGCUUUGAAAAGAACAUUUGAAUUGAUCAACAGACUGUCAAGGUUGAAAGAGAGGAUGGAUAAAGUCCUGCUUCUAAACGAGCCUGGCAGCAAAGAAGCUCACGAGCGAGAUGUGAGGCAGUUUGUCCAGGAGGUAUUCCUAAAAAAAGCUAUUUCACCCCACCAGCGGAGUCUGUGGUUGUCCCUCCUGCUGGACAUGUACCCAACCCAACACGCCAGGUUAAUAUACCUGCUGUACGGUCCACUACAGACUGUGGAUGGCAAGUAUAAUGGGAUGGUUGAUUGGACUGUUCUGACUCAGUGUGGGAACUAUGGACAUAUUCCCUGCCCGUAUAGCUAUUUCAAGGAUUUAUCUGAUAUCAUGAUGCUGAUUCAGUCUUCAAGGAUGUUUAAUUGGAACAAUGAUACCAUGUUACGGCUCUUCAAUGAACUUACUAAUACCCCAGAACCGUGGUGUUUGGAAAACAAUGCCAAGCUCAUGUUCUUCUUAGGGCACAACUUGACUGUCUUUAUCUUACAAGCUAAACUCAAAGCUGACAGAAUACCUGAAUUCAGCCACAUAGCUUACCACCUCGCUCAGGUGUCCUCUCAGAACUCUCCAGAAGCAGAGGGUUCCCCUGAGUCACUGGGUUGGUUUGUAAAAGUCAUGUUUGAAGCUAUCCAGAUACUUCCUGCUCCAUCUAGACGCAGUCACGUGAUAUCGGAGGUCUUCAAAGCUUGGAAAGAGAACAUUCAGGCUCUGAGUGAGGAAUUUGAUGACCCUCUCGAGGAUGAUCAAGAUGAGACUAGAGAAGAUUUGAGAAUUGCGGUUGUUAAUCUGGCAUCAAUAACCCACCUUCUUAUGGAAAUGAUCCUGAUAAACAAGGAAACAAGUGCUUGCUACAGUUCAAAUACUUGCUUUUCUCGUCCGCGACCCAAGCACGAGGAAUAGUCGACAAUUUUAAGAUUACAGUAGUUUUAUGAUCUUGUUUCAACCAAAUAGGAGUGUGAUAAUGAGAGUGUGAUGAAAUAUAUUUUGAUGAUAAUUUUGGAGAUGAAAUUUUCACGAUGUUUUGUAAAUAGUUAAUUUGUUAUUAUUUGAAUGUAAUGAUCUGGUUUCAUUAUUUCCGCAUAAUAUCACAAUUCGUUUGACGAAUGUUUAAUUUUACUUUGACCAUUGCAAUAACGAGCGACAAAACGUAUGUUAAAAUACGAGAGUUCCGAUUAAUAUCUUUUCAGGUUCAGAUGUUUAAAGUGAUUAUUUGGGAACUUUUUAUUUGUUAAAGUUAUUAUUAAGGUAUUGAAUAAUACGUUGUAAAUUUAUGUUUAUUCUAUCAGAUUUAUUCGAUGUGAACAUCAUUUCAAAUUUAUUAUCAAUUUUGUUUAGGGCAUAUAUACAAAUUUCCUGUGCACAAUAAUCAAUAUUGACUGGCUGGACCUUGUAAAAAGUGAAACCCAACAAGCUAGGAAAGGACCAUGAGUUAGAUUAUGAUUUCCCGUUUCCUUUGUAUUAUGCCCUUAACCCAAUGUCUUUAAAUAUUUUCAUGUACUAAAUUUCAAUUUAAAUUUUUGCGACUCA